UUGCCAUUAUGGAGUUGGGACUGUGUCGAUGAUAAAUGCGUUCCAGUCAAGGCAUCCAUGAACGGAAAACUGCAGUCAUUAAUGACCUGUAACAUGCUAUGUUCGUCCAUGCAACUCUGGCCGCAGCCUACUGGUGCUGUAAGUUUAGCAACCACAGCUGUGCCAGUGAGAGCUGACCUCUUCAAACUUAAAAUUACGUCAUUCACAUCAAAACCCGUAAGAGAUUAUAUACGAAAGGCCUUUACACUUUUCCGUAAAGAGUUACGUACGAAUGAAAGGAACAUUCGCGCAUUUGAAGAUUGGAGAUCAGUUAUUGUACGUGUUGUAAUUAAUGAAAAUGGAAGUGCUGAUCCUCGCAUGCUUAUCAACACUGACGAGAGCUAUCAGUUGAGGCUAUACCCAAAAGUAGAUUCAGCUGAGACUAUUGUUGUUGAUAUAUUUUCACACUCAUUUUGUGGAGCUCGACAUGCCAUGGAAACAUUAUCGCAGCUUAUAUGGCUCGAUCCCUACGCAGGUUCUUUGUUAAUGAUUGUAGCAGCAACAGUAGACGACGCUCCACGAUUUCGCUAUCGAGGACUUUUAUUAGAUACUGCCCGUAACUUUUUUCCCGUCAAUGAAAUAAUAAAGACAAUCGACGCUAUGGCCGCUUCGAAGCUCAAUACAUUUCACUGGCAUGCAACAGAUUCCCAAGCUUUUUCUUUACUAUUCGAUAGUGUGCCUCAAUUGGCUCAGUAUGGUGCUUAUGGCCACAGUACGAUAUAUUCUCCUGCAGAUGUGAGAGCAAUUGUAAACCGCGCAAGAUUACGCGGUAUUCGUGUGCUUAUAGAAGUAGAUUUACCUGGACAUGUUGGUAGUGCUUGGGAUUGGGGCGAACAAAUGGACGUUAAAGAGUUAGCUCAUUGUAUUCGGUCCGAGCCUUGGAUCGCUUAUUGUCAGGAACCUCCUUGUGGUCAGAUAAAUCCACGCAAUGAUCAUGUUUACGACCUCAUAGAACGAAUUUACACUGAAAUUAUUAAUCUUACAGGUGUUGAUGAUAUAUUUCACAUCGGAGGUGACGACAUUUCUGAACGAUGUUGGCUCGACCAUUUUGGUGAUACUGAUCCAAUGGUCUUAUGGGCUGAUUUCACUCAAAACAUAUUAAAACGCCUGGAGGCCGUCAAUGGACAGUUACCAAAUUUAACCAUAAUGUGGUCAUCGCAAUUUUCAGAUCGAAUGAAAACAGAUCUAAAAUUUUUCGUUCAUAAGUUAGGCCUCCAGGUGCGCAGCGUCGCUUGGUCUCCUAAGUACGUUUCUGGCAUUCGGACUAUCGUGUCUCAUGAGGAUGUGUGGGACUUGAACAAUGGCUACGGUGCCUGGCAUGGAGAUACCGAAGGUCCACCCUAUAACUCGUGGCAAAGAAUAUAUGAACAUCGGCCCUGGGCUAGAAAGCCUAUUAGUUGUAUGGAAGGAGGUGAAGCAACAGUUUGGUCCUCGACAUUAAGCACAGGUUCUUUGGAUUCACAAAUAUGGCCUCGGGCUGCUGCAUUAGCAGAAAGAUUAUGGUCAGACCGCGCUGAAGCUGCCACAAGAUUAGUUCACGCUAGACUGGAUGUUCAUCGGACACGUUUGGUCGAACGAGGUAUACGUGCAGCUCCUAUGUGGUCUAUGUGGUGUACUCAUAACAUAAAUACAUGUUGA